UUGAAAACUGUCAUAUUGAGUUAGCAUGCCAUUGCCAACAUAAAUGAACAUGUUGAUAAUGACAACAAUAAAUUUGAGAAGAGGAAUGGAUACACAGCAAGUAGUCCUCCACAUGAACCAUGGCACAGGAGAUAAUAGCUAUGCUAAUAACUCCAUCAUUCAGAAAAAGGUGAUGAGGGAGGCAAAAGCCACAGUAGAAGAGAGUAUCAAGAGGUUAUAUACUAUUAUUCCUAUUCAUUGUUUUAAGGUGGCUGAUUUAGGAUGUUCUUCAGGACCAAAUGCUCUUCAAUUGGUAUCUAAUGUCAUCGACAUUGUUGAUACAACUACUUCUAACUUGAAUCUCAAACCACCGGUCUUUCAAUUCUUCUUGAAUGAUCUAUAUGGGAAUGAUUUCAAUAGCAUCUUUAAAUCACUUCCAAAAUUCUUGGAAAGCCUAGAAGAAAAGAAGGGACACAAAUUGGGUCCAUGUUUUAUUAAUGCCACUCCAGGGACAUUCUACAGAAGGCUAUUUCCUAAUGAUUCCUUACACUUCGUUCAUUCUUCUUUUAGUCUUCAUUGGCUUUCUCAGGCUCCAAAGAAGGUGGUUAAUAAGGAAAAUAUACAUUUAACAAGCACAAGUCCUCCAGGAAUGCACAAAGCAUAUCUUGAACAAUUCCAAAAAGACUUUAAAGUAUUUCUGAAAUUACGUUCACAAGAAGUAGUGGCUGGAGGUGGAAUGGUUCUCACUUUAUUCGGAAGGGACAAAACUCGUGAUAUCAGAACUGUUUGGACCAUAAUUGGCACAAUACUCAAUGACAUGGUCUUAGAGAUACAAAUACAGGGAUAUUGUCGUAUAGAUCAACUAUCUAACAUACAUGGAAGGAAUCAGCCUAGUUGGCUUGCCAUGGCCGGCCCGAAAAAAAUUGAGAGGAACCAUUUAGGAUGUUUAUGGAUCGGGUUGGUUUGGAUGUGACAUGUGAGAGAGCACGAGAAUCGAGUCAAUUAAAUUUUAAUUUUUUAGAUUGAUUUGAAUUUGUGAUUUUGAAUGAGAGAAUCCAAAUUAAUACAAACCGAUUAAAUUCGGAUUAGAUCGGUUUGAAUAAUUGAAUACUCAAUUACAAAUGAAAUUCAUAAAAACUUUUAAAAAAUUAGAAAAAAUUACAAAUCAUAUAAAUACUAUAAAUAUGUAAUAACAAUAAUAAAAUAGCAAUACAUUAUCAAUUCAAAUUUAAAUCACUAUUAUAAUUUAAAAAAUUUUAGGGUCAAAUAAUAAAUUUGUAUAUAUAUUAUUAUUAGAUUUUAUUUAUUUAUUUAUUUAAUAUUAAACUAAUUAGAUUGUUUAAAUUUUGCGAUCCCAAAACCAAUAUCCAAACCAACUAAGGUCUAAAACCAAUAUAAUCGGGUUGGAUUAGUUUUAGACUAGUAAUCAAAUUAUCUGUACCCGUAAAUACUCCUAAAUCCAUUUUUCUGUAAAACCUGCCAUGCUACUUCAGAUAUGUUUAAAAGUAUCAUGUAUAUAUGUUUCUUUUACCAAAAUGUUAUAAGUUAGAACUUUCAACUUUGUUAAAGAAAAUAUUAUUUAUUAUUUAUAAAUUUACCAAAUCUAUUUAAUAAAUAUAUGAAAAAAUUUAUUUGUAUCUUAUUAGAUUUUAGAUUCAUUUAAAUUUUUAACUCAAUUCAAAGUUUUUAUUUAUUAAGAGGCUCGUUAACAGGAUUUAGACUACAUUAAACUUUUAAAUAUGCCAAAAUCGGUUAUUUAAAUAAGUCUUUAAUAAGUUACAAACUAAGUUAGACUGAAUUAUUACAAUACAUACCUAACCUUUUUAAUGAUAAAGUCUGACUGAUUUCCUUCUCAAUUAUGUCCACAGUAUAUACUAUAUACUACCAAUAAAUGUUGCACAUAUUUUUUCUUUCAAAUUCUUUUUACUUUUUAAAAUGUGUAGGGAUCUUUUAUAACAUUUUGGUUUGCAUUUAGUUAUGUUUUAUAUAUCUACAAUUUCCAAAUUUUCACUCUAAUAAAAUGUUGUAAUAAUGGUAUUU